UUUGGGAUUAUUCUCCUUUAUUCCUCAAACCAAACGGACCCCUAAGUUGAUUUCUUCCCCUUUAAGUAACACAAACAGUGUUGUUGGGCUAAAAGAAUUCGAACUUGAAGAAACUCAAAUUUCUGCAACCCAAAUGGAAUAUGAUGAAGAUGAAGGCUCGCAUCAACACCCAAAACAGAACAAACCCACAAACAAGUCUCAUUUUUCAUCAACUUCAAUUCAAGAAUCAAUCUUGAUAAUCCCUACCCUUCCAGAAGAACUCAUCAUUGAAAUACUUUUAAGGCUACCAGUGAAAUCACUCUUGAAAUUCAGGUCUGUUUCAAAAUCUUGGCUUGCUUUGAUCUCUACCCCUGAAUUUAUCAAUACCCAUCUCAGUAUAUCAGCUAAUAACCAGAGACUUGUGUUGACACAUCACAAGUUUGUAUUGACUUCUUCUGUUCAUAAAUACCAAUACAAUAUUGAGAGUUGUUCUCUUAGCUCUUUACUUAAUAAUGACUCUGUGAUUGAGUCAUUUGACUUGGAUUAUCCCAUGAAUAACCCCCUCAAAAAUGUUUGGAUUGUGGGCUCUGUCAAUGGAUUGAUUUGUCUUGCCAUUGGGUUCACUGACUUGUUUCUAUGGAAUCCGUCUACUAGAAAUUUCAAGAAAUUGCCUGAUUCUAGACCUACCGGUAGACCUGCAUGUUUCAAAUAUGGUUUUGGAUAUGAUGAGUGUCAUGAUGAUUAUAAGGUAAUAGGUAUGUUUUGUUACAUACAUGGCCGUUCGCGUCACGUUGAGGUAAAACUAUAUAGUCUAAAGAGUGAUUAUUGGAGAACUCAUGAUGAGGAUUUUUCGGGCGAGAUUCAAUUCGCUAGGACAGGAAAGUUUGUAAAUGGAAGAAUAUAUUGGGCUAAUAAUGAUUGUCGUGAUUUGCAUAAGGAGUGGAAAAUCAUUUCUAUCGAUUUGGCUGAUGAGAAAUGGGGAAAGGUGGAGCAGCCAUGCUAUGAUGAAGGAUACAAUUUUUUGUUGCUGGGAGCGUUGGGAAGUGAUCUUUCUGUAUUUUGUAAUUAUCCUAGAACUCACACAGAUGUGUGGGUUAUGAAGCAGUAUGGGGUUAAAGAGUCUUGGACAAAAAUGUACACCAUUAGAUAUCCUAGUGAUCUUGAGAAUUUAUUUUCUUCUGGUAUUUCUCCAACGCUUUUCAUGUCAAACAAAGGUGAAAUAUUGCUUAUGCGUAGAUCAACUUUCAUGAGAUACAAUCCAAAGGAUGAAUCGAUCAGAUAUACAAAGGUUGCUAAGUUUCGUUUCUGUAUUGAGGCAGACAUCCACAUUGAAAGCCUAGUUUGUCCCUUUUUACAAGAUGAACCUCGCACACAACAAGACUAAAGGUUGCAGAAGCUCAGAUGAAUGACAAUGGUGUAGCUAAUGACUUGUACGAGUUCCACCCAGAGGCGGAGCCAGGAUUUGAAGCUUGUGGGUUCUGAGUUCUAAUUCUUUAAAGUUAUUGGGUUCUAAAUUAUUAAAUUGUAUAUAUUUGACCAAAAAUUUAAUACAAAUAUAUGGGUCGGACCAAAGCUACUGGGUACGGCCGAACUCACGCUCGAAGGGCUAGCUCCGCCCCUGGUUCCUCCUUAUACACUUCUCUGGUGCUUUGUCAAAUAUCGAAAAAGACAUUUCAUAUUUUAGGGACAUCUUUACACCACAUCUACUUGGAGAUUUUAUUUGCCCUUUUCCUUUUUGCGUAUGUCCAUAAAAUAACUUUAUGUGACAACAGUUAUUUGGUUGUGGUGUUUGGUGUCUUCUACUACCAAAGUAAAUGACAUUAGACCGAGGAAUUUCUUUAGCUCUAAGACUAGGGAUCCAACGAAUUGGUGGGAAAUCCAGAAGAAUGAAAAUCCCACCCUUUGAACAUGCUGGUGGUUUUCCUAGUUGCUUACAAUCUAAACUGUUUUUUCUUUUCAUGUGACAUAUCAUGAGGUGCUUCAUUAACUGGUAUGUACUUUUGAGAUUUUAGGAAGUGAAAGCUGAUGUUAAGAACAAUUAAUCCAUCCCCUGCUAAUUAUAUAUGAUGAUGAUGUUAGUGAUGAUUUGUUCACCUUGUAAUGAAUAUCCAGUGAUACAUGGUGACGGGAAGGACACCAUACAAAAAUGCUUAUACAGUAAUAUACUUGUUAGUAAUCUUCUGAUAUAUGGUAUCUAGGUUUGGUGGUUUUCCUUGUUGCUGAUAGUUUACUGUUAUUGCUUCGACUCUAUUUUUCAUUACUUUAGCUAUAGAAAUGGCUGAAUCUUCCUUCACGUUGGCAGUAACAUUGCCACUAGAAAAAAUAAAUGGUUGAAUGAGGAGAAAGCAUUUGAGGAAAUAUUUAGCUGCUAUGAUCAUGAGAGUAAAUUGGGGAUACCUGUGAACAGGGAAUUAUAGGAGAAAUGGAUUUGGGUAUGAAUUUUUAUUUAUUGGGAUCCUGUCUAGUAUAUGAAAAUGCAAAAUGUUUGUCAUCUUUGUCAUUUCAAACAGGAAGGUCCCAAUUUACUGAACUCUCUGAUCUUGUUUCUUAAUAGAACUAAUUAUAUCAAAGUUGACAUGCGACAUAUCAGCGAGGCAUUUAUUGAUUGUUAUGUACUAAUGUUUCUUCAAGAAAUGAAAGCUGAUGUUGCGAACAACUCCACCUCCUGCUGAUAUCGCAGAUCAAAAUGAUGAAGCAUUAUUAUCUGGUUCUCAAUGUUCACUCGAAUGUACUCAUUCUAUUUUGUUGUUCAUAGAGCAAGACUUGGCUAUGUUCACCAAUUACCUAUUUUGUAAGUAGUGGUGUCUGGUUGAGGUUCGAGGUCAAGAGUUUGCCAUGGCAAAAGGUUGAACAAGCUUCUCCUUCCCUUGAAUGUCUGUUGUAUGUAGUAUCUGGCUGAGGCUUGAGGACUGAGAAGUAUCCGUUGUAUCUUCUUCUUGCUUUUUUUUUACUAAGUGAAACAAGAAAUGAAUAAAUUUUUGA